GCGGCAGCGGUAGCCGGAACUGUGCUGAGAUCGGCGGUCCGGGCCUCCGAGGCCGAGCAGCGGCGGUCUGGGCGUCCGGAGCCCCGUCAGCCGCGAGCUAGCUAGCAAAGCGGGACGUGCGGGGCUCACACUUCCCGGUAACCGCGGCCGGUCCGCGGCCAUCCGCCCGGCGUCGCGGCCUCGCCGCAGCUGCCCGGCCCGGCCAAUUCUGCGGACGCCCGCGGAGGCCUGGGGACCCGGGAGCCAGGCUGCGGCGGGGCGUGGAUGAAAAAGGAUGACAGUGAAGUUGGGCGACUCCGGCAGCGGGGAGGACGGGCUCAAGAAGCUGGGCAAGCGGGCAGCCGAUGAGGAGUCGCUGGACGUCGAGGGGCCCGGCGGCGCGGACGCGGCCGAGGACAGCAGCGGCACAAAGAGAGACGGCCCGACCCCGCGGGCCGGCGGCGCCCCCGCAGCCCCCGGAGCGCCGCAGGCCUCGUCCCCGCCACAGGGCAGCUCCCAGGACCAGCACCACUUCCUCAGGUCCAGCGUGCGGCCUCAGACCAAGAGGCCCAGGAAGGACGCGCCCUGCGCAGUGGGCAGCGGUGGCGCCAGCUCGGGGCCCCGCGGGAAAGGAGCUGACAGUGGUGCGUCAUCAUCUGGAAACGUGUCUGGGGUUGCCCCUGCCACCCCCGCAGGGGGCUCGCGCUCCUCCUCCCGGAACUUAGGGUCUUCAGGGACUGAGAAGGAAGAAGGCAAGAAGGUCCGGCGGCAAUGGGAGUCAUGGAGCACAGAGGACAAGAAUACUUUCUUCGAGGGACUGUAUGAGCACGGAAAAGACUUUGAAGCUAUUCAGAACAACAUUGCUCUGAAGUACAAGAAAAAGGGGAAGCCAGCAAGCAUGGUGAAGAACAAAGAGCAGGUCCGUCACUUCUACUACCGCACCUGGCAUAAGAUCACCAAGUACAUUGACUUCGACAAUGUGUUCUCUCGAGGGCUGAAGAAGUCAUCUCAAGAGCUGUAUGGCCUCAUCUGCUAUGGGGAGCUACGCAAGAAAAUCGGGGGCUGUAUGGAUGACAAGAACGCAACAAAAUUGAAUGAACUCAUUCAGGUUGGGGCCACCACAGUACGUUACAAAGGGCGAAAUCUGAGGAUCAAAGCACCCAUGUGCCGGGCCCUGAAGAAGCUCUGUGAUCCUGAUGGCCUGAGUGAUGAAGAAGACCAGAAGCCAGUGCGCCUGCCCCUGAAAGUUCCUGUAGAGCUACAACCACGCAACAACCAUGCCUGGGCCCGAGUGCAGAGCCUUGCCCAAAACCCACGCCUCAGGAUGAUUGUGGAGCUACAUCGAAAAGUCUCCAGCCUCAUUGAAUUCCUGAAGCAGAAGUGGGCACUCCAUGAAGUACGAAUUCGGAAGACACUUGAGGAGCGGCAGCUGCAGGGCUCCAGCACAGCGCAGAUGCAGGAGAAGGUGGCACUGCACCUUUUCCCAGGCGAGAACUGCACACUGACGCCGCUGCCAGGCGUGGCCCGUGUGGUACACUCCAAGGCCUUCUGCACGGUGCACUGGCAGGAGGGUGGUCGGUGCAAGCAGAGCACCAAGGAUGCCCACUUGCUCCCCCCAGCCCAGAUCCUGGGCAUCCAGAGUGGGCAGGGUACCGCCCGGGGCCAGCUGAAAUGCCCAAGGGGCGGUGCUGAGGGCAAGGGCGGGGGGCGGUCCCUUCCCACUGCUGAUGCAUCAUCGCAGAGCUCUGGAGAGAGUUCCCCUGAGAGUGCCCCUGGGGAGGGGCCCACCCCGAGUCUGAGCAGUCCGGACGCUCCCGACAGGCCUCCUCAUGGGCUCCAGGACUGCGGGCCACAUCUUGAGAAGACCCCUGCAGCAGCCCCUGCAGAGGGCAGGGAUGGCCCCAUCCGAGAGCCAGGGGUCCUGCCCUGUGCCUGCAGCCAGCUCCCAGACCUGGAGGAAGAACUCUCACUCCUUGACCCUUUUCCCCGCUAUCUGAAGUCCUGUCAGGACCUCAUCAUCCCUGAGCAGUGCCGGUGUGCGGACAUACAGCCCGGGAGGGAGCACCCUCCGAGCAGGCCUGCCUCCCCAUCGGCUCUGGCCCCUGGCAGUAGAGAGGCCACUGAUCCUGUCCCUCCUGGCAAAGACCCUCAGCCUACCCCUGGGCUCCUGCCAGAUGUUUGCACUAAAGACCUGACAGAUGCACCUGCAGAGGAGCCCCAGGAAAAGGGGAGCCCCUCAGAACUCCUGCUGUGUCAGGGACAGCCUGCCGCCAGGCCCCCAAAGGAGGUCCCCGCCAGCCAGCUUGCCCAGCAACUGCGCGAAGAAGGCUGGAGCCUGCAGACCUCCGAGAGCCUCACGUUGGCUGAAGUCUACCUCAUGAUGGGCAAGCCGAGCAAGCUGCAGCUGGAAUAUGACUGGCUGGCUGUGCUUGGUCCUGAGGGCCAGGUCCCCACAGGGCAGGACCAGGCUGCCCACCCUGGCUCCCCGCCUCCUGCCCUCCACCAGCAGCGCCUCCUGAACUGCCUCCUGAGGCUCAUCUCCACUGAAGUUCAUCCCAAGCUGGCUCUGGAAACAAAUACAGCAUCUACUGCCUCAGUGAGGCCCACCCAAGAGGAGCAGUCUACAACACCCCCAGGGAAGGUAGUAGCGCUCAGCUCACGGAGCCCUCGCUGCCCUAGAAACCAGUCUGCCCUCCGCAGCGGUAAGAGCCUCCCUCCUGGCUCCGCACCCUGCUCUCCAGGUUUGAGAAAUCCCCCAAGGCCCCUUUUGGUGGCUGGCCCCUCCAGCACAGGGAGCAGUGACUCAGAUGGUGGCCUCUUUGCUGUGCCCACAACUUUACCACCCAACAGCCGACAUGGGAAGCUCUUCUCUCCUAGUAAAGAAGCAGAGCUGACUUUCCGGCAGCACCUGGACUCCAUCAGUAUGCAGUCUGAUUUCUUCUCACCAAAGCCCAAGAAACUGAGGAAACGACACCUUCGGAAGCCAUUGGUUGUCCAGAGAACACUGCUUCCUAGGCCAUCUGAAAACCAGUCCCACAACGUGUGCUCCUUCUCCAUUCUGUCUAAUUCUCCCAUAGCCGGCAGAGGCUGGUUCCGACCCAUACAGUCCUCUCUGGCCAAAGCAGCUCUGUCUCGGCCGAUUGUACCCAAGGUGGUUCCUCCCCAGGGCACCAAUCACCUGGCCAGUGCAAUCGACCUAGCGGCUCAAAGUGCUGGAAUCAUCCCUAGGAGCCAGCUGCCAGUCUUGGAUCCCAAGGGCUCACCUAGCAUCCCUCCACUGACUUCAGAGGAGGUGACCACCACUGUCUCUGGGCAGGACUCAAUCAGACCCCACCAGAGUGGCGGGCCCAUUUCUGCUGUGGGAGGCACGAAUGACCCAUUUAUCAGCGUCCCCCUGAGGCCAGAGCAGGAACCAGUGACAGACGGUUUUCAGGGUUCUUCUGUUCUCUCCUUACCUGAGCUACCCAAGACUCCUCUCCCGAAUGGUCUCUCCAUACCUCUGCCCUCAUCAGAAGGUUCUACCACCCGUCUCUCCCCACCUAAUGUCUCUGCACUACUGGAUAUCUCCCUUCCUGGCCCACCGGAGGAUGUGCUCUCUCAGGGAGAGCCCACCACACAGAUCAGUGACUCCAUCAUCGAAAUCGCCAUUAGCUCGGGCCAGUACGGUGAAGGAGUCCCUCUUUCUCCAGCAAAACUAAAUGGCAGCGACAGUUCCAAGAGUCUUCCCUCCCCGUCUAGCAGUCCCCAGCCCAAUUGGAUUGCCUCUCCCACCCACGACCCCCAGUGGUAUCCCAGUGACUCCACAGACUCUUCGCUCAGCAAUUUGUUUGCCAGCUUCAUCUCACCAGAGAAGAGCCGGAAGACGCUGCCAGCUACCAUGGGGGCCAACAGUGGCACUUCGUUGCUUGGUCCCAGCUUGUUGGAUGGAAACUCGAGGGAUUCUUUUGUGUCCAGGUCCCUUGCUGAUGUUGCAGAGGUGGUGGAUUCCCAGCUGGUGUGCAUGAUGAAUGAGAACAGCAUUGAUUACAUAUCUAGGUUCAAUGACCUGGCCCAAGAGCUGUCCAUUGCUGAGCCAGGCCGCCGAGAGGUUCUCUUUGAUGGUGGGAGUGGACCCCCGGUUGGCGACUUCUCCCAGUGACUGCCUCACAUGGAGAGGGCAUCCUGAAUGCUGCAGGGAAGGGCUUAUGGGGCUGAAGUUAUCCUCACUUUUGACAGAAAAACCGUCCAACUAUAGAAAGCAAGUCAGGUUCAGAAUCCCUAAAGACUGUCAGCACAGAGCACCUCUGCAGCCCAGCGUGUGCAGCACACAGGAGCAGCUGAUGAGGGCUCCAUUCCGUAUGCAGGGGCUGUGAUUUCUCAGGGCAAGCUCUGAGAAGGGCUGACCUCAGAAACUGCCAUGAUGUACUGGGGCCUUGGCUAUGUGGGCUGGGCCUUCUAGAGUGUUCUCUCCCUGCAGAAGGCAUGUCUGGCCCUGUUUGCUUCCUCUGAGCUAUGAUCUGUGCAGAGUGCUAUAGCCCCUGCUGUCUCCUCUCUGAAACCCUCUUCCCUACUUGGCUGUUCUCUGGUAAUGACACAGGGUGGUAGUGGGUAUAGCGCAGACACUGGCCAAACAUACUUUAUGGAUGUUCUGAUCCCGUGGCAGAGAAUGUUCCCCAGGCCAGUGUAACCAAUGACAUCUCCUAGAAUACUGACCCUUGCCUGAGUUUUCCCCUUCCAGUGGCUCUGAUUGACCUGGUAUAAUCAGAAGGGGGAAAAAGUCAUGUCAAAUGCAGGUUGUUGACAUUUUCUAAGGUCCUGCUAAGCUGGUUGAAAAUAUUUUUCUUAGGUUUUAAGAAUUAGCAGGCAUGGACAAGAAAGAGCCGAGUCCUCUCUUUACCUGAUCUUACCUGGCAAGUUCCUUUAAGUGACCUGAAAUUUGUUUCUCUCUAUUGAGCCUUCAACCCCAAGCACAUAUUAAUAUGGCUACAGAGAAGGCUUUUUCCUGACCCAUUCUGUGACAGACCUGCCUUUGUAGGAUUGAUUUUCUCUUGCACUGGCAUUGGUUCAGUGUACAUGUAGCCCAUAAUCCCUUGCAUGUCUUUGACCCAGGACUCCUUGGCAGGUUUCAGACAUCAGCACUCUGUCCUUCUGGUGACUCCCUCCUGGAGACGGGCCCCCCUGUUACUGCUGCAGGUGGUCCAGUGUCCAGACUUUUCCAGAAUGGCACUGUCUUGCCUUCUCAGUUUCAGGAGAUUGGUCUCAGCACACAAAUCACCAACUAAUCAUAUCUGGCAUUUCCGGGAGCCAUGGCCAUGCUAGGCAGAUGAGAUGCACUGUGCCCUGUCUCUUUCCACCCAGCAGCUAGCAUGAACACGUCCUCUUACCUAUCUGAACCUUUCCUCCUCCCCCAUUUCCUCUUGGCCCUCAAAGCCAGCCUGUGCUCUCCCAGAGGGAAGAAAAACCUCGUUAGAUCUCACCUCUGCGAGGUCGGGUGGGGGAUCCCUAGAUUUCAUUUUUGCCAAAAAGGAAUAUAUAUAUACAUACAUACAUACAUACUCAUACAGGGGAAAAGUCACUGGAUCUUAUCUCUAUUAACACUCCAGAUACCAUCAGGCCAUGUGGCCACCUCUGAUUGCAGGAACAGAGGAAAUGAGGACAGUGGCUCAAGGCAUGAGUUUUCUUUUGCCUCCAGAUUCUUCCUGGCUUCUCUCCUCCAUAUCCCAACACUGCCUGUGUGGUAGCCUCCCUCUCUAGGACUCUGAGAAAACAGCUCCUGGCUGUGGAGGGAUGAGGGGAGUGCACUGCUGUAUUAGCAGAUCAACCACAGUAUAUAGUAGCUCAUGCUGUGCUUACUACCACAGCCUCCUGAAGUUGGCACCUUAUUGAACAGAAGAAACCCCUCAGAUCUCUAGUCCACUGCAGGUCAGGACACCAGGCUGAGCAGAGGCAACUGCCACUACCCUCAUACGCCAAUGGUUGGGGCCAUUGAUACCAGUAACAACAAGCAUGGAAGCUAACUGUAGCCCGGGUAUUUUGCCAGGGCAUUUGAUACCCUGAGGUGUGUCCUGUCCAACAGGAAUAUAAUGAAAUUACACUUAACACCUAGACUCUUGGGUACCCUAUCCUGUUCUAACCCCUGGGCAGAGAUUGCUUGUGGGAAAUACUGCCCACUGCCAGUGUUACUCAGUAGCAGGAUCAGCCCAUUAGGUGAUGGAGUGGACUGAUUUGUCUCCUUCAAUGAAGCUGACAGGAUUCCAGAGGAUUCUGGGGCUUUCUUACAUAGCAACCAAACAGAAAUGCAUGUUUGGUUGCCAUGUUUAGGGUUAAAUAGUCAUUUGUGGCA